AUGUAUUCUAUAAGAAGUCUGCCCACAAUGAGAUACAGAGAAAAAAGAGAAGGUGAUGGGGUUGAAGACAUGAUACAGUUGGAUGAGCUGACAGAGGGAGCUGUUUUGAUAAACCUGAAGACCCGCUUUGACCAGGAGCUCAUCUACACUUACAUUGGCAGUAUUCUGUUAUCGGUGAAUCCAUACAAGUUGUUAAACAUAUAUGGAACGGAUGUGGUUCUCCAAUAUGAAGGCCAUGGCAUGGGAGAGAAUCCACCUCACCUCUUUGCAAUUGCAAACAGUGCCUAUACAACAAUGAUGGACAACAAGUGGAACCAGUGCAUUAUAAUCAGUGGGGAGAGUGGAUCAGGCAAGACAGAGGCCACCAAACUCGUCUUGAGAUACCUCACUGCCAUUCAUCAUAAGAGGAACAUAACGCAACAGAUUGAGAUCCUGGAAGCGACUCCGUUGCUGGAAUCAUUUGGGAAUGCCAAAACAGUACGAAAUGACAACUCAAGUCGCUUUGGGAAGUUUGUGGAGAUCUUUCUGGAAGAGGGAGUAAUAAGUGGUGCCAUAACCUCACAGUAUCUCCUAGAGAAGUCCAGGAUUGUUUAUCAGGCCAAAAAUGAGAGGAACUACCACAUCUUUUACGAGAUGUUGGCUGGACUCCCCAUUCACCUGAGAAGAGCUUUAUACCUUCAGGAGGCUGAAACCUACUACUACCUGAACCAGGGUGGUAACUGUCAAAUCAUGGGGAAGGAUGAUGGGGAGGACUUCAGGCGGGUACAGAGUGCCAUGGAUAUUCUCCACUUCAGCAUGGAGGACCAGAGCAGCAUGUUCAGAGUGCUGUCAUCUGUGUUGCACCUGGGCAAUGUCUUCUUCCACAGACUUGAGACUGAGAUACAGGAGACGGCAGGGGUGGUAAGUGCCCAGGAGAUCCGUGUGGUAGCCGAAUUGCUCCAGAUCUCACCCGAAGGCCUGCAGAAAGCUAUCACCUACAAAAUGACGGAGGCAAUGAAAGAAAAGAUAUAUACUCCUCUUUCUGUAGAGAGUGCUGUGGAUGCCAGAGAUGCUGUUGCCAAGAUCCUUUAUUCUCUGCUUUUUCAUUGGCUGACGGAGCGGAUCAAUGGUCGGGUUUACCCAAGGAAUGAGGCACUGUCCAUAUCCAUAUUGGAUAUAUAUGGGUUUGAGGAUUUAACAUUUAAUAGCUUUGAGCAGCUCUGUAUCAACUAUGCCAAUGAAACAAUCCAGUACUUCUUCACAAAAAUCAUCCUAAAACAAGAACAGGAGGAAUAUAUUCGAGAACAAAUCAGCUGGAAGGAAGUGGCCUUCACUGACAACCAGUCAUGCAUAGACCUUAUUGCUGCAAAGCCUCAUGGGAUUCUUCGCAUUCUUGAUGACCAGAGCUGUUUUCCCCAGGCCACUGACCACACGUUUCUUCAGAAGUGCCACUAUCACCAUGGCGACAACCCCUUGUACUCCAGGCCAAAAAUGCCACUGCCAGAGUUUACUGUGAAGCACUACGCGGGCCAAGUUACGUAUCAGGUCCAGAAGUUCCUGGAUAAGAAUUAUGACCAAGUUCGGCAAGAGGUUCUGGACCUGUUUAUUCAGAGCCACAACAGGAUAGUUUCCAACCUCUUUAUAAAGCAUGCUGAAAUGCUGAGUCAGCAGAAAGGGGCAGCAGGAAGGAGUAACACAGUGACUCGGCGCUACCAGCCUUCCACUGUAGCUGCCAAGUUCCAGCAGUCUCUACAGGAACUCCUAGACAAGAUAGAGAGGUGCAACCCAUUCUUCGUGCGCUGCAUAAAGCCAAACCAUAGUAAGGAACCAGAUGUAUUUGAUCUAGAGCUGGUGACAACUCAGCUCCGAUAUUCUGGAAUCAUGGAUACCAUCCGCAUUAGAAAAGAAGGCUAUCCAAUCAGAAUGCCUUUCCAUAAAUUUUUAAACAGGUAUAAAGCACUGCUAGGACUUAAGAAAGCCCCACCUCCAGAUGGAGAUAACUGUGUGCUUAUGUUAACGAAGCUCUGUCCAAUGAGACCAGGAGAUUUUCAAGUGGGUGUGUCCAAACUUUUUCUAAAGGAGGACGUCUACCAGUUGCUGGAGAGUAAGAAUGACCGUGUGAGGCACUUGGCAGCACUGACAUUACAGCAAUACACGCGCAUGUAUUUUGUCCGUAAAAACUUCACCAAGCUCCGCACGGACAUGAUUAAAUUUCAGGCCCGCUGCCGAGGCUAUCUCGCCAGGAAACGGUUUAUUCAAAAGCGUGUAAACCUAAUUAGGUUCCGCUCCCUUGUCUGGAUCAUUGUCAGCUGCAAACACUACAUCAGGGAUAACUUUCUCAUAGCAAGGAAGGCAGAGGAGGAGAGGAGAAGAUUAGAAGCAGAACGAGCCAGCAGGGAGGUGAUGAAUGUCUCCAAGCUGGUGAUUCCUGCAGAACUGGGAGGACUACUGCAAGCCACAGCAGCUGGUAAGGAGGUGCAUUCAGACUGCAUGGCUCUAGUCGAGGCACCAAGAAUACAAGUUGAUCCUCAACUCACUCUUCCUCUUGAUAUCAACAACUAUCUAAUGACCAAAUACAUUCGCUCAAACUUCAGGGAACUGCAAUUUGGGAUGCUUACCACACCUCUACAAACAUCUCUGACCCGUCUGGAGGACGACCUCAAACAGGAUGCCCGGGAUAUCUUUUUACUGAUCUUGCGUUUCAUGGGGGACCCGAACCUGAAUGGUGCUCAGGAGAACCUAUUUGGCAAUUACAUCAUCCAGCGGGGCCUGGCCACACUGCCAAUCAGGGAUGAGAUUUUGGCUCAGGUAGCCAACCAAGUGUGGCGGAAUGAAAACAAGCGCAACGCAGAGAGAGGCUGGUUGCUGAUGGCAGCUUGUUUGAGUUCCUUUGCUCCAAGUGAGAAAAUGGAGAAAUACCUACUGAAGUUCGUGUCAGACUAUGCCCUGAAUGGCUUCAAAGCGCUGUGUCAGCUCAAGCUGCUCCAGGCGGCACAGAAGGCACCCCUGGGCCCAGAGGCUGCACGCACCUACCCGCUGACCCUGCUGGAGUGGACCGCAAUCCGCAAAAGAGCCCGCAUGGUUCUUCAGGUGCACUGCUCUGACGGAGUGUCUUUCCUGUGUCCUGUCCAUUCCUGGACCACUGGUGAAGACCUUGCAUGUGACAUUCUCCAGCACAGAGGCGUGUCCUUAGAGAGUAGGCGUGGCUGGUCAGUGAUGAUGAAGGAGCCAGGACAGUGGGUGGAGCUUGAGGGUCAUGACUACGUGAUGGACCUGGUGUGCGACAUUGAGCUGCUGGCCAACUUCCCCAAACAAAAGACCUACUUCAUCAUUUCUAUGCAAGACCCUAGCAGGGUUCGGCCCAAUGCCAGCAUAAGUCUGUUUGGCAGCGGAUUUGAUGAGGAGGAGGAAACACCACUUUUGUAUUCGAAGCAGGGCAGCACUAUGGCAGCAAGAAGUCUACCUAUCUCUGAAGGCCACUACAGUCAGGGCUCAGAUCCAUCCUACGAUGGAGCUGACAGAGGACUGGAUGGAUAUCUGGACAGCCUUUUUGACCCUGUACUGUCAGAUGGAACUGGGGACAUGGAUGUGUCUGUUUUGUCUGGCAAGAUGAAGGGAACAGGGGGUGUAGAUGGUGAUGAAGUCCCACCUACUGCUAGUGGUCCUUACUUAGCAGCACUGCAACCAGGAGAUCCACAAACUCUUAUGGCCCAGCAGCAACAAGCCAUCAUCAACCAGCAAGCUGUCAUAAUGGCGCAGCAGAUGACGAUGCAGGCCAUGGCCAUUGUGAACAGCCCCAUCUCCAGCCCGCCAACCAGCCCACCCCCGAUCCCUUAUGCUGCCAUGCCCCCCAGCCCGUACCCCGCGCUCCCACCUAGCCCCUACGCCCACAUCUCACCGUCCCCCUACGUGGGCUCCCUCGUUAGCCCCUACCUGGCCACCACGUCCGCCCAGCCGGAGACCUCUGCCUUGGCCCGUCCAGAGGCGCAGGGCGGGCCCGGUCUGAUCGGCCCGCUGAAGACCCCGCAGUCGCGCCCAUCAGCUCAGAAACAAACACCAGCCCCUGUUACUGGGCCCAGACAGCCAGGCCUUACACUGACCAGGAGUAAUAAAAAAAAGGCACCAGAGCCUCCAUUAAAUAUACCACCACCAGUCUCUAGAGAUCUGCCUGUAGAAUCAGAAACCAUCCAAACACAGCUGCAUCGCAGCACAUCUGAGGAACAUUACACCUACACCAACGUACUGUGGAAGAUCUACCUCAGGAAAGAGGUGUUUUUCCCCAAAGACAGCUGGAAUCAUCCACUGGUGCUGGACGUGAUAUUCAAACAAAUUGUAAGUGACACGUAUUCAGAGGCCUGUGUGCGCAUUACCAAAGAGGAGAGGCUGAAGAUGAAAGCUUUGUUUGUGCAACACAGAAUAGAGCAGAAUGCGGAUAUUCAGGAUGAGGGUGUCAAGAAGACCAUUGUCACAGCUGCACGGGAAUCAUGGGCGAUUUAUUUCUCUUGCCUUUUCCCUGCUUCAGGCAGCGUGGGUACUGGAAUCCAGGUGCUGGCUGUUUCUCAUUCUGGUAUCAGACUGCUGAAAACCGUGAGGAGCAGCACCACUGCCCCAGACUACUUCAGAGUGCUGCGUUCAUACAGCUAUGCAGACAUCCUGUUUGUGACCAUCCCGUCUCCGAACAUGCUAGAGUUCAACCUGAUGAACGAGAAGCUAAUCCUGUUCUCAGCCAAAUCCCAACAUAUCAAGCACAUGGUGGACCUCUUCAUCUCACAUCUCAAAAAGGAUUCGGAGUAUGUAGUAGCCGAGCGGAAUUACAUUACAGAGGACCGAGCUCUGCUCAGUUUCCAUAAAGGAAACAUCAUACGCUUGCAGGCUGUGGAUGGACUAGAGGAGGGUCAGCUGUAUGGAUGUGUGGUUAAGAAAACGGUGAUCUACCUAGAGGAGGUAAAGCGAGGUGCUGCAGACUUUGGCUGGAGGUUUGGAGCUGUGACCGGCAGCAGCGGUGCCUUCCCUGCUGACUGCAUCGUUCCUGUUGCGGCUCCUGACUUCUUGAGUCUGCCGGUGGAAAGGCGCGGAGAGCCGCACGACCGCCACAGCCAAGUGGUGGCGACGGGGGCCAUCGCGCUCGCUGUCGCAUCCAGUGCCGCUGCCCAUGAGCUUGACCCCACACUAGAGGUCAGUGCGAGUCCCAAGAAUUUAUCCAGAACAUGCUACACAAGGCAUAUCGAGGCAGAGGGGAGUGUCCUUUUGGACAGUCAAUACAACAUGGUGGAGUUUGCCAAGAAGUACUUCAGACAAUAUAGUGGAAGCAGAAGUGAGUCAUUAAGAGAGAAAUCCAAGAAAGGCAGCAAGGACCCUGCGGAAAUGGUUAAAUUUAGCAAGAACCCCAUCCAGGAGUCCCUGAUCGAGUUUACUGACCCCAACAUGAACAGGGUUGCUUCUGAGAUCUUCCUAGCCAUAAUGAAGUUCAUGGGAGACCAUCCCCUCCGGGGCCAGUCGGAACACUUCGUAUUGUGUACCUUUCUGAAGCUGAUUGGAGAACAAGGGCUGAUGAGGGAUGAGGCAUACUGUCAGGUUCUCAAGCAGCUCACAGCCAAUACCAGCCUGAAGCCGGACAGCUGUCAAAGUGGCUGGCGCUUGCUCUAUGUUCUCACAGCAUACUGCCGCUGUUCAGCGGUGCUCAAACCCUUCCUGCUUAAGUUCUUCCAUGAUGCCUGCAAGAGCCCAGGAGCCCUGUUCCAGGGCAUUGCUAAGGCCUGUGAGCAGAACCUGAGGAAGACUUUCCAGUUCGGAGGCAGGGGUGUGCUACCCAGCAGUAUGGAGCUCAAAGCCAUAAUGGCUGGUCGAAGCUCAAAGAGGCAGCUCUUCCUGUUCCCUGGAGGAAUUGAACGACAUCUAAAGAUCAAGACCUGCUCUGUGGCUUUAGAUAUUAUAGAGGAGCUGUGCUAUGAGAUGGCAUUGCAAAGACUGCAGGCCAUGGACGAGUACACCAUUUUCAUUGUCACAAACAGAGGUCAGAAUGUGCGGCCACUGAAUAAGAGGGAGUACAUUCUGGACAUUGUGACAGAGAUGGAGCAGAUCGACAGCAACUACAGCUUCUGGUUCAGACGGGUCAUAUGGGCUAAUCCUCUCAAGUUUGACAAUGAACUGAGCAUCACAGUGCACUAUAAUCAAGUACUCCCCGACUAUCUGAAGGCUUUACUCAAUGUGGUGCCACAGGGAAAAAUCAGCGAACAGCAGUUUAAUCAGAUUGCCAAACUGUCAGCCCUGCAGCACAGAGCAAAGGAUGGUCUCUAUGCCCCUACUAUUCAUGAGCUGGCAGAAUAUAUUCCAGCCCAGCUGUUUAGCAAACAGGGACCACAGCAAUGGAUGCACCUGGUCACACAACACACCCACGCAGUGCAGAGCCUAAGCCCUCGCCAGGCCAGAUCACAGUUUCUGGCAUUGGUGUGUGUGUUCCCCAUGUUUGGAUCGUCCUUCUUCUACAUCCUGAGUAGCAGCAACAGUGCUAUCUCCACCCCCUGCAUCCUGGCUGUCAAUCAAAAUGGCCUCCACUUCCUCCACAAAGACACGCACGAGGUUUUGGUGAAAUUUCCACUGAAGAUGGUCCAGUCCACACACACCCAGAGGCCUAGUGUAGGGACAAGUUACCCUUAUGUGGACAUCUUACUGGGGGACAUGACUAACCAACGGACCACGCAGUUACAGCUUGAACAGGGACUGGAGCUAUGCCGGGUCAUUGCCAUGCACGUUGAGAAUCUGCUGUCACUUCGAGAAAAGAGGCUCACCCUGCCUCCAAGUGAAAUCACCCUCCUCUAAUGCACAUAUGUAAAAUAUCGUGUAGUUAAACAUAUAUGUAGUGACCUCACCCAUUUCACGUUACUUGGUGUUCGCUGAACUUUCACGGUAGGUACAAGCUCAGGGGUUGGUUGUUCUCAUUUAAUAGAACAAUUAGGUCUGCUGACAUAUCAGUGAAGAAUAGAAAUGUUUAGGAGCUUCCCCCAUUUCUGAUUCUUUAUACUGACCAACAAUGCAAACAACUGAUGCAUAUGAUUAACGUACACGAGAGAGUAAAAUGAAAACAGUAAUGUUCUCUGAAAGUAAAAUGUCCUUCUUGAGCUUGUGCAUACAUUCACUGCAUCUGCCCAUCUUUCAAACAGAUACAGCAGACAUUUGUAAUGUUGCAAAUGUGGUAUGUCACUUAUUUUUGUUAUGUUCAUUUCCCUUCAACAUCUGUUGGAGCUUUUAAAGGUUUUUCUUCACAUAUCUUCGAUGCAGCAGACCAAAUCAAAUAGUUUUUAAAACAAUUAUGUGGUUGUAAGGAUAUUUCAGAAGAACUGCACUGGCUUAGGUGGAGCUAUAACUACAAGCUACAAGCUAUAGCUUUACACAUUUCUGAACAAUGUACUCAAACCAUCCAACAUCUUCUGUAAUGAAAAUCUCUCAAAUCUGAUUACCUCUUAAUUACAAGCAUUUUGUAAAGACUGUAUAUACUUGAUAUAUCAAAUGACCUUUAAUUAGCACAGAAUUUAUUUUCCAUAUUUUCAGAAGUGAGAUUACCUCUAAACUUAAGUCUUAAAGUCUUAAGUUAAGCCUUAAAACCUCUUUCUGCAAGUUUUAUAUGAAUGCACAUGACUAGUUUGAUGUCAUGAUGAAACGCAAUGUAUAAAAAGCUUUUUUGUAUGAAAUUCAACUUAUACAUAUAUGUAUAUUAAUAAUUAUUUUGGGUUUUUUCAUAAGAUUCAAUACAAAAUGAAGCCACGUUUACAUAAAGUCAACUAGAUUGUGAAUUUACAAUUGUUUACACACAUACAGA